AUGGCCCCACCCCAAGGAGACAAUCUAUCCGCCGUCCUCCACGCAAAAGAUGAUCUGCGCAUGGAGCAGAAGCCGAUCCCCAGCCCUGGACCUAAGCAAUUGCUCGUCAAAAUUCACACAGUUGGUAUCUGCGGCAGCGAUGUGCAUUAUUGGACCCAUGGAGCUAUUGGGCCAUUUGUUGUGAAAGCUCCGAUGGUUGUUGGUCAUGAGACCUCCGGAAUUGUUGCGGAGGUUGGGUCUGAUGUUCAAGGAUUUUCUGUUGGUGAUCGCAUCGCCCUUGAGCCUGGUAGCCCUUGCCGUGGUUGCGAGCACUGCAAGAUUGGCCAAUACAACCUUUGCCCCGAGAUGCGGUUCUUCGCCACCCCUCCCAUCGACGGUACUCUAACCCGAUAUGCCGUUCAUGAUGCCGAUUUUUGUUUCAAACUUCCCGACCAUGUCACUUUCGAGGAAGGCGCCCUCCUCGAGCCUUUGUCAGUAGCUGUACAUACUGUCAAACGCUCGGGGCUGAGGAUCGGCCAAAAAGCUUUGAUCCUGGGAUCAGGACCCAUCGGAAUUCUGACUCUAUUGACGGCCAAGGCUGCUGGGGCCUCUGAGGUCCUUGUGACAGAUAUUGACGAUGGGCGAUUGGCUUUGGCGAAGAAGCUCGGAGCUGACCAUGUUGUUAAUGUUCGAGGAAAAUCCGUAGACUCUGCCAAGCAAGAAAUCAUUUCCCUUUUGCGCCAGCGUCCGCACGUCAGUAUGGAGUGUACCGGAGUGGCCACCAGCAUUGAGACAGCAAUUAAUGCAACAGUCUCGGGAGGCUGUAUCGUACUUGUUGGCCUUGGCGCGGAUCGUGUAGAACUGCCCAUGGUUGAGGCUGCCACUCGCGAGAUCGAUAUUCGCGGAAUUUUCAGAUAUGCUAAUUGCUAUCCGACGGCUCUCGAGUUGGUCGCCUCGAAACGGGUUGAUUUGACUCCAUUGACUCGUGCUCAUUAUACUUUGGAGGAGACUGAGGAGGCAUUUAAACGUGCCCAAAAAGCCGACGUCAUCAAGGUGUUCAUCAACUGUGAAAAGAAAGCU